UACAAGAACAGAACAUCCAAUGGGCCGAACUCUAUUACUAGCUUCCCCCGUGAGUGGAUUGCGUCCACUGAGAGUGUGCACGGGCAUUUUGACUCUACGGAAUUUCUUUUACUAACAUGGUUGCUGAGUUUAUUUGGAAUCUGUGAGAGUCUCAUCCUCUGUUCUCCUCCAGUUGAAUUGAUCAUUUUGGGAAGAUGGGAAGGAUUUACAGGAUGAAUAUUAUUUUUCUGUACAUCAUGUAUGGACUGGUGGUGGCCAGAGCCAAAGAGGAGGAGUGUUUAUCGGGCCAGUACACGACUGAUCGAAAGUGCUGCAAGCAGUGCCCGCCUGGUGAGGGUGUCGUCAAACCGUGUGGAGCCACGCAGACUGUGUGUUCACCCUGCCUGGACAGUGAAACCUUCUCAGAAAACUUCAGCCACACAGAAAAAUGUCAGCCAUGCACAAAAUGCCCGGACCUUUUCCGCAUGGAGACGCCGUGCACGGACGCCAACGACGCCAUCUGUGUGUGCAACUAUGGCUACUACCUGAACAACCUCUCGCAGAGGUGCGAGCCCUGCACCAAAUGCCCCGAGGGACAGGGCAUGCUGCUCAGCUGCGAGUCGGACCACGACACGACGUGCGAACCGUGUGGUGGGGAUACGUACUCGGACCAGGAAAGUUCCCGGGAACCCUGCAUUCCCUGCAGUACCUGUGAUGAGGGCGAGGAGUUGCAGGCCUGCACGUCUGUCACUGAUACUAUUUGUCAAGUGCAGUACCACUCAGUGUCACCUACACCCUUUACCGGUGCCACCAUGCCCACCUAUGACGACUUCCCCAUUGAUGGCCCCCCGUCCGACGGCCCGACAGACAGCAGCGCCACCACGACUGAUGGCGAUUCACAUGAGCGCAUCUAUGAGAGACUGAACGACAAGCUCAUACCCGUCUACUGCUCCGUCCUGGCAGCUGUCGUGGUCGGCCUCGUGGCCUUCAUCAUCUUCAAGAGGUGGAACAGCUGCAAGCAGAACAAGCAACAAGCCAACAACUGCACGUCCAACCAGAACCAGACGCCAUCGCCUGAGGGCGAGAAGCUGCACAGCGACAGCGGCAUCUCCGUGGACAGCCAAAGUCUGCAGGAACAGCUGGGCCAGACUCAGACACACACAGUGGUGACCAUGGACGAGGACCCCUGCUUGCUCCUCCCCCUGCACACCAGAGAAAAAGUAGAGCAGCUGCUGUUCAGGGGCAGCGAAGAGGGAGACUGCAACAUGGAGGAGGACUGGUGCAACCUGGCAGGCUUGCUGGGCUACGAGGAUGAACGUAUCGCCACCUUCCGCCAGGAGGAGCACCCUGUGCGCGCGCUCUUGUCCGACUGGGCGAGCAAGGACUGCGCUAGCGUGGACGCUUUGUGCACAGCGCUUCGCAAGAUCAACCGCAACGACGUCGCCCAGAGUCUGGCGCUAAGCCCGACUGCCCCAAAACCGACCGCCACAUCUGUGGUGUGAAUUUAGGAUUAAAUAAGGCAGAUGGAACUUUUUAUUUUUCUCCUUAGUGUGUGCACAUUGAAGCAAAUGACCUUUAGCAAUUUCACUUCAAUCCAUAGUCGUUCCAAUGUGGAUGUGUCCGCGCACUUCUGAUUUGAACUGAUCUCACUGCAGCCUUUUUAGUAGCCAGAGUUGUACCAAAGAUGUGUUAAAAGACUUCAGGCCAUAGCUGAUAAGCAACGUUAUUUACUGUACAUUAUCGCUCUGCCUGUCUGUACCGGAUGAGGCUUCCAUCCCACUCAGUGUCUGGAUCCUUGCAAGCGUGACAAGCAGAGGAAGGAUGUUUGGAUUAGAGCAAAUGGACCUUUUCAAUGAGGAAUAAACUUUGUCCAAAGUGACCUUUGCACACUUUAGUGAUGCCCCCAACACACUCGCGACCAUAGACGGUGAACGACAUUGAAAUCAUCAUGAAUGAUGUAGACACCACACACACUCUCACAUAGGUCCAUGAUAUGUAACCGUGCAUGUAUGUAUUAUAUAAAACACACACGAUGUAUACAUCUACAUUCAUGUACAUUUCAAGAAGAUACAUUUAUUGCCGAUAUACUAGGGAUGGGCAUUUGGAACAAUAGCAAAAUUCUUAAUAAUAUAAUGAAGUUAUUGUUAAAUAUUUAUUUCAAAAAUUAUCUUUUUUUUUUUUACUUUUUAACAAAUUUAAUGCAAAAAAAGGAGAAAAAGGAACACCCAUAGCUGAUGAUGUCAUGUCACAACAAAUUGACUCAACAGCGCCUCUGCUGCUUGUAACCUUGUACUGCACCCCAUUUGUAUUGUAUUUGUAUUUGUACUUUAUUUAUCCCACAGCAGGGAAAUUCACUUGUUACAGCAGCAAGCAAGAUACGCAAGUAAAGAAUACAUAGUGACUACAAUAUGGUUCAGGUGGUGCAGGUGUUGUAGAGCCUGACAGCGGUCGGUAUGAAGGACCUGAAUUUGGCCUGAAUUUUUUAUUUUUUAUUUUACAGAAUAUCAAAUGAUACCAAAUAGUCCCGCCUGUGAAAUUUUGGUUGAUGGCAGCCAUGUUUUUCAACCAAUCUUGCUCAGAUUUUACAGACAUGUGCUUGCCAGUCCCCUAAAGUCGUGCAUGUGCUUGUCAGUCUGCUCAAGGCAUGUACAAAGUUUCAUGGCGAUCCAACAGAACACCAAAGAGUUACAGUGGGUGUUUUGUGGAGGCUGUACAACUGCAAUAGAGACUGAUUCAACAGUGCCUCUGCUGGUUGUAACCGAGUACUGCACCCCAUUUUGCCUCAAUUGCUUUAAGACACGAUGCCCAUCACUCAUGUAUGCAGCAUUAUCCAUCCAUUCAUCCACUUUCUAUGUCGCUUAUCCUCAUUAGGGUGGCGGGGGUAUGCUGGAGCCUAUGCCAGCUGCCUUCGGGCGAGAGGCGGGGUUGCAUCUAUGACACCUGCUAUACAAUACAUAAUGACACAUAAACCGCAUGCAAAAAUGAACACAGCCAAUGCACAUACAGUAUUAUCAGGAUGCAAAACAAAAUGCAGGUUUUUCCUCUCUUCUCUGCCUCCUUUCUCAGGGUAAAUGGAGUGAUUGUGUCGCUACUUUAACACAGCCUCUAAUGAACACAAGAAUCUCUGAUGAUCAGUGUGACGUACACAAAUGCCAUGUUUUGGUUUACAUCAAUAUCACGUAAAAGUGAGCCUGCUUUGCUGUAAGCAUGCAUUCCACUCUUAAACUUAUUACAUAUGAUUUAAUUACCGGUAUGCUCAUGAUGGAUGCUGCCCAGAGAGGAAACCAAGCACCUAUUUUCUUUUUUGAAGGAGCUAUUAAGUCUUAAUUGUUACAAAUAGUGUAGUGUUCUUUUGAAAUGAAGGUGUUCUAUUAUCUUUUUAUUGUUAUUCUCUUCAAUGUAGCACUUACAUAUGUUAUAGGUCCGUUUUACAUCACAAGUGCCUAUUUCAGGUUGUAUAGUGAUGUUGUACAGUUUCGUUUUUGUAACAAUUUGUUUAUUUUUUGUAAAUAGUUAAAUCCAGGAGGAAGGAGCUUAUGUACACUGUAUGGAUUUAUGUUUCAGUAAAUAUAUUGGGACCAAUACACAAAUGAAUAGUGCAAAUGCAUGCAUGUUGUGUGUAAUAAAUAAUAAGCCUCUUUUGUUGUCUGUACUAUAAUAAAUAACAUAAUUGUGUCCUCCAUAAGGAGCCUGUGACUGGACACUUAAUUUCUCUGGACAGUAUUUGUUUCAAGCAAGAGGUUGUACAGUAGGGAAUUGCAAUGAAUUUGCACUUGAGCGCGUUACGGUGAUUAUGCAAAUGAGGGGAGCACUUGAUAAUGGUGACUGAACAUGUACAGUUCUGACAAUUACUGAAUGUUCCUUGUAUACUAACGCAUAAUACUGUACUAUACCCAUUGUGACUUUGAGAGGUUCUUACAAUA